AUGGAGCCGGAGGAGCUGGGGGAGGCGGUGCGGGAGCUGGCGGGGGGGUCCCGGCUGGGCGGCUGGGGGCUGCUGGAGCUGGCGCUGGGCAGCGCGGGGGCCGCCUGGGCCGCCUGGGCCACGCUGCUGAUGCCAGGCUUCCGCCGCGUCCCGCUGCGGCUGCAGGUGCCCUUCCAGGCCUCCGGGCCCCGGCAAGUGGCGAACGCCCUGGCGCUGCUGCGGGGCCGGCCCGGCAAGACGGUGGACCUGGGAUCGGGAGACGGACGGCUCGUGGUAGAGGCCUACAAGCAAGGGCUGAGGCCUGCAGUUGGCUAUGAGCUCAACCCCUGGCUGCUGUGUCUGUCCCACUGCCGGGCCUGGAGGGCUGGGUGCCACGGGAAGGUCUCCUUCCUGAAGAGAGACCUCUGGAAGGUGAAUCUUGCUGACUGCCACAACGUGAUCGUGUUCCUGGCCCCCAGCGUGAAGCCUCCCCUAGCGGCCAAGCUGCUGGCAGAGCUCCCUGAUGAAGCUCGGGUGGUGGCUGGACGCUUCCCCUUCCCCUCCUGGACCCCCAGCAGCACCCUGGGGCAGGGGCUGGAGCAGGUCUGGGCCUACGACAUGAAGGAGGUGAGGAGGGCAGCGCGGCGCAGCCCCGAGGGGAGCGCGGUCUGACUGCAGCCUCCUCCGGCCUGCCACGGAGGGUUGGAGCUUCCCCAGGGCUCCCAGGGAGAGGGCUCCUUGGCCAGGCUCUCCCUGAGCACCUGGAGGGUUGGAGCUUCCCCAGGGCUCCCAGGGAGAGGGCUCCUUGGCCAGGCUCUCCCUGAGCACCUGGAGGGUUGGAGCUUCUCCAGGGCUCCCAGGGAGAGGGCUCCUUGGCCAGGCUCUCCCUGAGCACCUGGAGGGUUGGAGCCCUGAGCAGGCUGGCAGUGCCUUGCUGUGCCAAAGAGGAGCAAAGCAGACCUGGAAGUGCUGGAACUGUCAGAGGCUGAAGAACUGCACCCCCAGUGCCUCUCUCUGAAGGCUUUGCUGCUUUAUUGCCAAAUAAAACAUCUGGUUGGUUCUUCCCUU